GGGAGAUUGUUGUUUUCGCGGCAGUAGAAGAGUCAGGCGGAAUAUUUCAAAUAACUCGUCUUAAUUCAAGUAAACACAGAUUACAAAACCCAAGAUCGUUAGUGAAAACAAAACAAAGAGCUGCAUUUAGGUUUUGUGUUCUUCUGUAAACACAUUUCAGUUUCCGGAGUGCACGCUGGUUUUUUGUCGUUGUUUUGUAAACCCGAAGCGAUGCCGGUCCCCACCAGCGAGCAUAUCUCCGAAGAGCUGGCCGUGUUCGAUAUAAAAUGCGAGGACGAUCUGCUGGAUAAAAUGCUGGAGCAGUGCAUCACACACAGGAUUCAGGGAGAUGAGGUGGUGCUGGAGUGGGUGGCGUUCAGCACGACACGAGGAGGCCUGGCUCUGUCCCUGGACAACCUGCACCUCUUUGAACUCGAGGUGCUGAAUAAGAAGGUGGGGAAGUCCAGGCAGACUGCAGUGAAGAAGGAGCACCGGACGUCUAACACCAGAGACUUCAACAUGCAAGAGCAGAUGCAAGCAGAGGUGGAAGAGGAGGAUUUGUUGGACUCGUACUCUACCCCAGCUAAAGGCUCCCAGAAGAGGGCCUUGUCCACCCCAGAUAAUCCGCAGUCCAAGAGGAGCCUGUCUGCGGCCCCCAGCCCUCGCCUGCUCUUAUCCCCAGCCAGCUUCUCCCCCAGUGCCACUCCCUCUCAGAAGUACGGCUCCCGUGGCAGUCGUGGGGAGAUGGUCUGCUCAUUCGGGGCUGUGCAGGGCACCUGGAGGGGGCAAGGGGGCAGCAGUACCCAGGUGCAGCUCUACCAUGGGGGAGAAGACUCUGUCACCAAGAGCUACAAGUUUAUGUUCCAGAAGCUGCAGGAUAUCACAGAUGUUUUGAUGUGCAAGAUUGAAGACCUGGGUGAUGUGCUGAAGAACCAUUUCAACAUCGAGGAGUUCUCAUCGACCUGUGCACCUGCGCAGGAGCCGGUAGCCCUGCUAGGUCAGAUCGGCUGUGACAGCAACGGGAAGCUCAACUCCAAGUCUGUGAUCUUGGAGGGGGAUCAGGAACACUCGUUCGGAAUGCAGGUGCCAGUGGACCUCUCCGAACUCCGGGAAUACUCCCUCUUCCCAGGCCAGGUUGUAGUGAUGGAGGGGAUCAACAGCACAGGCAGGAGGCUGGUGGCUUCCAGACUCUAUGAGGGGGUGCCACUUCCAUUCCACAAACCACAGGAGCAAUCGCAAGAAGACUUGCUUGAAGGGGCCGGGCAGCACAUGGUUCUUGUGGCCUGCGGCCCCUACACCACCUCGGACAGCCUGAACUACGAGCCCCUGAUGGAUCUGAUUGAAGUUAUCAAGAGGGACCAGCCAGACGUCUGCCUGCUGCUGGGACCUUUCUUGGAUUCCAAGCAUGAACAAGUGGAGGUAAGAUGCACAGGCACGCCUGCGCAGAAGCGGGUGACCUCGCGCCGCAGCGUGUUCCUCCUGGUGCGCAGGCGCACAGUCAGCCAGAGCGAGUGUAGGCGACCCAAGAUGGCGGCUGUUGUGCAGAAUGUUGUUAAGCUGCUCGGGGAGCAGUACUACAAGGACGCGAUGGAGCAGUGUCACAACUACAACGCGCGCCUGUGUGCCGAGAGGAGUGUCCGCAUGCCUUUCCUGGACUCCCAGACCGGAGUGGCGCAGAGCAACUGCUACAUCUGGAUGGAGAAGAGACACCGGGGCCCAGGCGUUGCCCCAGGACAGCUCUACACCUACCCUGCUCGACGCUGGAGGAAGAAGAGGAGAGCCCACCCCCCUGAGGACCCCCGACUCUCCUUCCCCCCCCUCAAACCAGUCCACAUCUGCUCCCUCACUGUGGAGAGACUGGCUCCACCACUGCCCAGUCCUACCACACCAUCUACCAUUCACUUUGUUAUCUACACUAAUUGA